AUGCUGGACAUCCGCAGCCGGUGCCAGGACGGCACCUUCGACGGCCUCUAUGUGGACUGCACGUUCGGCCGCGGCGGCCACUCUCGGCAUAUCCUGCGGCACCUCAGCGAAAGGGGGCGCCUGGUCGCGUUCGAUGUCGAUCCGGAGGCGGUGGCGGUGGCCAGGCGGCUGGAGCGAGAGGACAGCAGAUUCAAGAUCAUCCACCGCCCCUUCGCGGAUAUCGACAAGGUCCUCAGACCGAACACCGUGGACGGCGUGCUGAUCGACUUGGGGGUCUCCAGCCCCCAGCUCGACGACCGGCACCGGGGCUUCACGGAAAGGGGCGACGAGAUCGCAGACAUGCGCAUGAACCAGAGUCAGGGCGUGUCCGUGGCGGAAUGGCUGAGGGACAGCCAGGUGACAGCCGAGGAGCUGGCGUGGAUCAUCCACAAGUGGGGGGAGGACAGCGACGCCCUCCUCUCGGAGCGCAUCGCGGCCCUGCUCGUGGAGGAGCAGAGGCGCAACCCUUCGAUGCUGUGGACGACCAGGAGGCUUGCUGCCGCGAUCCAGAGGGUGAAGAAGACGGACCCGAACAACAUGCCUGUGGCGAAGCUGGCAAUGCAGGCGCUCAGGAUCUGGAUAAACCAGGAGAUGGAUCAGAUGGACAUGGCCCUACACGGCGCCUGCCAUGUGUUGAAAGAGAAGGGGCGGUGCUGCGUAAUCACCUUCAAGAGGAAGGAGCAGGAGCUGCUCACAAGGUUCACCCGCGAGCACGAGGACCCAGACGAUUUCAUGAAGGAUCUGCUUUCGCCCUCGAGGCUUUGUGAACUCUACCCCCUGGUGGCCACCAACAAGACAUUCUGUCUGAGGCAGAUCGACGUGGUGAAGCCAACGUUGGAAGAGGUGCAGUCCAAUAACCGAUCGCGUUCGUCUGUCGUCCACGUGAUAAGAAAGGACGCGCGUGCGGUGAUGUUCAACUUGUCCAAUCUUCCGUCACGGAGCGUGGAGCAGCGUUUGCGAAAGCCAGAUGUUUGCCUGGUGGUCCCCUUCAAGGGCACCGACGUUCCAGAUCAAGAGGUUGUUGACUACGACUGGGUCAACGGCCUUCCGCUGCAGCAGCCGCAGCUAGAG